AUGCCGUCCGCUAUCACAUCAACGUCGUCUCAGACCGACGCCACCAUCUUUGGUGGCCAUGACAUAGCCCGACCACAACUCACCAAACCGCUCUCCGACUCUGGAUCCCUCCAACAAUACUCGCACGACGACCCAACCCCCGCCAUCGGCCGCGAAUUUCCCACCCUCCAAAUCCGCGACCUUCUCAAAGCCGACGAUCAACUCUUCCGCGACCUCGCAUACACAAUCUCCUCCCGCGGCGUCGUCUUCCUCCGCAACCAAGAUGUCACCCCAAACGAGCUCAAAGACUUCAUGCUCCGCCUCACCACCCUCGCCGGCUGCCCCUCCACCUCUGGCCUUCACGUGCACCCCCUGACAGAAGAGGGCUCCGAGCUAGGCGACCAAAUCAGCGUCAUCUCCUCCGAGAAGCAAAAGAAGGGCGGCGGUCUCACUCACCAGCUCUCCGACGUCAGUAGGUAUGCCUCCAACGCAUGGCACAGCGAUAUCACCUUUGAGCCUGUGCCCAGUGACUACGCCAUGCUCAAGAUCCACACCCUUCCCGUCACUGGCGGUGAUACCCUCUGGGCGAGCGGAUACGAGGUCUAUGAUCGUCUGUCAGAGCCGAUGAGGGAGAUGCUCAAGAAGCUGACCGCCACACAUGACGCCAAGUUCUUUUUGGAUGAGGCGAGGAAUUUGGGGAAUCCGCUGAGGGAGUGCGAGAGAGGGUCGCCGUUGAACAAGGGGGCUGAGUUGGCUGCUGUGCAUCCUGUUAUAAGGACGAAUCGUGAGUUUCCACAUCUUUGUUUGUGUACAUCAUUGCGCGUAAAACUGACAUUCAUGGUAAUAGCCGUUACUGGGUGGAACUCGGUCUACGUCAACAAGGGCUUCACCAAGCGCAUCAACGGCGUCACAAAAGACGAGUCGGACAUCCUCCUUAAAUACCUCUUCAACAUGGUAACACAGAACCACGAUGCCCAAGUACGAUUCAGAUGGAGUAAGAAUGACGUCGCCAUCUGGGACAACAGGAGCACAUGGCAUUGUGCGACAUAUGACUACAACGACCCGAGAGCGGGCGACCGUGUUUGUUCCCUGGGCGAGGCUCCAUAUCUUGAUGUACAAGGGGGCAAGUCGAGGAAGGAGGAGUUGGGUCUUUGA